AUGUCGCUGCCACAAACCUACUCGUCACUCCCUCUCAAGGAGGUGCGCGUGUCCAACCACCCCGCCAACGCGGCUGGUGUCACUCCCAUCCAGAUCGUCACCCUCUACCGACCCAAUGCUCACAAUGCAUUCACGCGUGUCAUGCAGGAGGAGCUCGUCCUGCUGUGGAAUACGUUUGACGCAGACGACCGCGUCAAGGUCAUCAUUAUGACCGGACACGGAAAGAUGUUCUGUGCUGGUGCAGACCUGCAGCAAGGAUUCAAGCGCGACUUGAGCGGCAAGAUCAACGACCACAGGGACGGUGGUGGCCGUGUGGCCGUCGCCAUUCACCAAUGUCGUAAGCCGACAAUUGCCGCGAUGCAGGGCUCGGCGGUCGGCGUUGGCAUGACCAUGACGCUGCCGAUGGCAAUCCGCGUCGCGUACAAGGGAGGCAAGUAUGGCUUCCCGUUUGCGCGCCGCGGGUUGGUCAUGGAGGCUGCGAGCUCGUUCUUCCUGCCAAAGCUCGUCGGCAACGGGCGUACGAUGCAUCUCAUCUCGACAGGCGCAACGUACCCUGGCGAUCACAAGUUGUUCGACGGCAUGUUCACCGAGGUCAUGGACACGCCCGAUGCUGUGCUCACGCGCGCGGUCGAGUUGGCGACAGAGAUUGUUGACAACUGCUCCACCGUCGCUUGGGCACUCAUGCGCGACCUCGUCUGGCGCCCAACUCCCAGUGCUGAGGAACAGCACCUCCUGGACAGUCGUAUCCUCUAUUCAAUGUUCUCGGGCGCAGACAAUAAUGAGGGCGUCAAGGCAUUCCUCGAGAAACGCAAAGUCAACUUUACAGGGAGCCUGCCCAAGGACGCGCCAGAGGUUUACCCCUGGUGGCCACUCAUCGACACCCGCGACCCCGUCAAGGAUGCCAAGGCCAAGCUGUAG